UCGCUCUCACCUUCUACGGACACCUUCUUUCUCUUUCAUCUCUGAUUUUUUUUCUCUCUCUUUCAUUUUUCACCUUUUCUUUUUUCCUUUUUCUUUCUUUUCUUUUUUUUUUUCCUUUCUUCACCUCGUUAGCAAUUAGUACCUGAACCCUAGCUGUGGUGGAAACAAAAUCAAAACUUUUCUCAAGGAAACAAACAAAAAUCUUUCUCUUUUUUUCGCAGUGGAAAGAAAGAAAAAAGAUGCAGAAUCCGAGGUUUAGGCAACAACAACAACAACAAGCUAUGAUGCAGCAGCAAGCUUUGAUGCAACAACACUCUCUUUACCAUCCUGGUGUCUUGGCCCCUCAUCAGUUAGAGCCUGUUCCAAGUGGAAACCUUCCUCCUGGUUUUGAUCCCAGCACUUGCCGUAGCGUGUAUGUUGGAAAUAUCCAUAUACAGGUCACCGAGCCUCUUCUUCAAGAGAUUUUUACUAGCACCGGCCCUGUUGAAAGCAGUAAACUCAUCAGAAAGGAUAAGUCAUCAUAUGGAUUUGUUCACUACUUUGACCGAAGAUCUGCUGCUCUAGCUAUACUGUCUCUCAACGGAAGACACCUGUUUGGACAGCCUAUCAAAGUCAACUGGGCUUACGCCACUGGCCAGAGGGAAGAUACAUCCAGUCACUUUAACAUUUUUGUUGGAGACCUCAGUCCAGAGGUUACUGACGCUGCAUUAUAUCAAAUCUUUUCUGUUUUUUCCACUUGUUCGGAUGCAAGAGUUAUGUGGGAUCAAAAAACUGGGCGCUCAAGAGGCUUUGGGUUUGUUUCCUUCCGCAAUCAACAGGAUGCUCAAACUGCUAUAAACGAGAUGAAUGGUAAGUGGCUAAGUAGCAGACAGAUAAGAUGCAACUGGGCUACAAAAGGUGCUACUUCUGGCGAGGACAAGCUCAGCUCUGAUGGAAAAAGUGUUGUGGAACUUACAACUGGCUCAUCAGAGGAUGGUAAAGAGCCCUUAGAUGAGGAUGCUCCUGAGAACAACUCUCAGUUUACCACUGUCUAUGUGGGAAACCUCGCCCCUGAGGUGACUCAGCUAGAUCUACAUCGCUACUUCCACGCUCUUGGUGCUGGAGUUAUUGAAGAGGUCCGCGUCCAACGAGACAAAGGCUUUGGUUUUGUGAGAUAUAACACCCACCCAGAGGCUGCUCUUGCUAUUCAGAUGGGCAACUCUCAGCCUUACCUCUUUAACAGACAGAUUAAGUGUUCAUGGGGCAGCAAACCAACUCCACCAGGAACAGCAUCAAACCCACUUCCUCCACCUGCCCCAGCACCAGUGCCUGGUCUCUCCGCAGCUGAUCUCUUAGCGUAUGAGAGACAAUUGGCACUGAGCAAGAUGGCUUUAAUGCACCCACAGGGCCAACACCCGCUAAGGCAGGCAGCUCAUGGAAUCAAUGGAGCUGGAGCCACUGCAGCCAUGUAUGAUGGUGGCUUUCAGAAUUUAGCUGCAGCACCGCAGCUAAUGUAUUAUCAUUAAUAAAACUCAAGACCCUGGUGCCAGUAUCGUUUUACUUUUUAUAUCUUGUUUGUUUGUGUGUGUGUCUGUCUGUCUUAUCUAAUUUACUUUUAUUAUUAUCUAUAUAAAGUUCUGUCUGCUGCUUAGUUAUGGAUGGGUUUACCCCUUUAAGAUUUUAUCUAUUUUUUUAGUCU